AUGCGUGUCUUGUCCUUGCUGACUGUGAUCGCCCUCGUCUCCAGCUGCGAAGCUGCUACCUCGGCCACGACAGGCGUCGUCAAGACGGACAUUACUUUCUUGUCUCGCGCCCUUACUGCUGAGUACCAACCCAAGAGAUCCCUGCGCCAGUAUGAUGAAGACGAAUUAGCGACUCUCGACUCCGAAGACGAAGAGAGAGCUGGCACCAGCCAGAAGAUGGAGGAAUUGGUGGAGAAGUUCGGACACCUGGGCUUCACUACAAGGGGUUUCGAUACGCCAGUUCGCAGCUGA